AUGCAGGCGGAUACUCCGGCCCCGUCGCCGCUUCAGGAUGCCCGGUCGCAUGGCUUGGCAUGUCCGCACCCGGUCGCCGUGGGCGACCUGGCCGACCCGGCUCAGACCAUUGACGCCCAGUCGGCUGACCGAGGCACUCACGGCCCGACGUACGGCGACGCGACCUCCUCGGCCAUAACCGGCCACCUCUGUCCCUGUGCGAGGCAGUUUUACCUCGAAUCGUCUCUGGAGCACAUGCCGACCGAGAUCUUGCUUCACAUACUUGGAUUCCUGGACGUCAACGAUUUGCUCUCUGCCUCGAGGACGAGCCAUCUCUUCCGUAGCCUUUCCCUCAGUCCCAUCCUCCACUACUACCGCCUGCGCCGCACACGCCACCUUCUCCCUCCCCUGCUCUCAUCCCCCUACCGCCCAUCGCUGGCCAAUCUCAUUGCGCGCUCCAUCUUCCUUACCCACACAUCCAUCGUGUCCCGCCGGCUCGCGCGCUCGCUCGUCUCGAUCCGCCUCUCGCGCCGCCUGGCCGCCCGCCCUUCGGCCGAGGCCCUCGUAGAGCGCGCUGUGCUGCCCAAGGAGUGCGUGCCGGGCAUGGUACCCGUGCACGUGUCGCCCGCCAUUGUCGCACGGCGCAAGGCCUUUGAGAAGGAAAAGGUCAAGGACGGCCUUAGGCGCUGGAUCGCUGCCAAGUGGAGGGGCGAGGUCAGGGAGCGCGAGGAGGUGGCCCGGAAACGGGAGGAGAGCAGCGGCAUUGGGCGCGUGUGGCGCCUGAGGAAGUUCUGGGAGAGAAUCAGUCGUGGAGAGGAUUUGGUGGUCAGGUAG